GCCUCUUUGCUCUUCUUGUCCAGCAUGCAGUCCCCCAGCAAGAGAGCACUGCUCCUGGCCACGGCCGCACUCCUGGUGGCCUGCAGCCUCGCGCUGCCCAACGAAAGCAACGCCAAGGCCACGGUGACCAACAGCGAAGUGGUCGCUCCGGCAGCCCCGGCGGCGUCGCGGAGAGCGCCGCGCCUGGACGAACGGAAGUUCAAGUACGAGGCGGACCCCAAGAAGGAACUGACACAAUUCAUGAACACCAAGAACCUGGUCAAGACACUGGUCAAGCUUGUCUUUGGCAGCGACGAAGAGAGUGCGGCCACUUCCAGACAGAUCCUGAACCUGCUAGUGACGGUGCUGGACAUGCUCAAGACGACGUUCGGGAACCGGGCCCGGUCUUCGACGGCCAGGGGCUUCAGGGGGGCGCUGGACGACGCGGCCCUGGCCGGCACUACCAUGCUCAAGGGCUUCGUCAAGUCGGUCAUGACCAAGGAUGACAACUGCAUGCAGCGUUACCUCUGUGAGGCCAGCAAGGACGCCGUCAAGGAGGCUCACGAAGUCGGCUACCUCGUCGCGCAAUUCGGAGGGUACGCGGCCAGCUACGCCCUGCAGGCCCAGAAGGCGUCUCCACUGCAGCGCACGUACAACGCCACCAGGAGCGGGCGUAGCGGCGAGGACUGUUUCAGCCUGUACAGCGCAUGCAACGAGACCGACUGACGAGGCGGCUGCGAGCAGUUGCUUCAAGGAAUCUCUACCGCGGGACUUCGCCCACAUCGUCGCACAUCACCCACUUCUAUUUAUAGCAUUAAAUCUGGCCCCGCUGCCUCUUUUUUAUUUUUUUUUAUACAAACUUCCUCCCCCGCUGGCGUCUGGGGACUCACGUGAA